UGGCGGCGCUGCGGCCUUUCGGAAAACAUCCGUUGGCGAAGAUGUCAACCAACAAGAAGAAGACCAGGAAGCUUCGUGGCCAAGUCAGCCAUGGCCAUGGUCGUAUUGGCAAGCACAGGAAGCAUCCUGGAGGUCGUGGAAACGCCGGCGGACAGCAUCACCACCGGAUUAACUUUGACAAGUACCAUCCUGGAUACUUUGGCAAGGUCGGUAUGAGAGACUUCCACAUCCACAAGAAUCGCAAGUUCCGCCCGGCCAUCAACUUGGACAAGGUGUGGUCACUCGUGUCCGAAGACACCCGCGUGCACUUCCAGAAGCACACGGACAAGGCGCCCGUCAUAGACGUGGUCAAAGCCGGCUACUACAAGGUGCUGGGCAAGGGCCUGCUGCCCAAGCAGCCGGUGAUUGUCAAGGCCAAGUUCUUCUCCCGGUUGGCUGAGGAGAAAAUCAAGAAGGUGGGCGGAUGUUGCGUGUUGACUGCGUAAUGCUUUCGCCAAUAUAAAUAACGUGCA